AUGGCCAUGCAGGCUGGAAUUGGUGUUUCGAAAAUCCUUAUCUUAGCUGGAGCUGGAUACACUGGCACUAUCUUUUUGAAGAACGGCAAAUUAUCAGACUUACUUGCUGAGCUCCAUCUUCUGCUGAAGAGAUUGGAAAAACUUGGGGAUCAAUCUGACGGUGAAUGUGAGAAUGCAGAUGUUAUUGCUUCUCAGGUGGGUCGUCUAGCCUAUGAAAUACGACAAUUGGCCUUGAAUAGGCCGAUACUGAAUGGGAGUUCUGGGCAAACUGGAAAUAUAUUAUCCCUUGUGGCACCAGCGGCCGCCUUGAGUGCUCUGGGCUAUGCCUACAUUUGGUGGAAGGGCCUUUCAUUCUCAAGUCUUAUGUAUGUGACAAAACGUGGCAUGGAAAAGGCAGUUUCAGAUUUGACCAAAAAGUUGGUGCAUGCCUCAGAUGUCAUCGCUGAUGCCAAGAAGCAUCUGACGCAGAGGAUUCAACAUUUGGAUGACAAAAUGCUUAACCAGAAUGAGUUGUCGCGGUCAGUUAAGGAUGAGGUUACUGGAGUUAGAAAUGCUAUUACUGAAUUCCACGAUGACUUGGUUAACUUGCAACAAGCAGUGGGAACAUUGGAUGCAAGGUUGUCUUCAUUGAGUUGGAAGCAGGAUUAUGCAAAUCAUGGUUUAGACUACCUCAUCGACUUUGUACAUGGAAAAUCAGGACAGAUGCCUGAGUUUUUGCAGAAGCAGCUGAAACUUCCUGGAAAGUCCCCUCGCCUGCUCACGUAUAGUGGAAGCCCCAGUCUGAAGGGUCUUAAAGACAUUGCGGGUUCAUUAUCUACGGGUCUGGAACAGUCAACUUCAGAUGUAAUCAUGCAAAACAGGGUGGAUAAACUAGAGCAGCACCAAAGGCUAAUGUUGAGGCUACUUCAAUCAGGUGUUGAUGACAAGGUCUUCAGCAGAUAG